AUCUCCAGAAUACGAAUUUCUGGGAGGAGUACCAAACAGAUUUAAUCCAGAGAAACACAUGGACCAUUAAAUCUUUCAAAAAUGAGCCAGUUCACAGUUUUCCACUGGAACCCACAGUGUCUUGAGGAAGAGAGAAGAAUCCAAUGUUGGACUGUCUUAGACCUUAUACUCAGUGCAGCUUCAGAGAGCAAUUUGGUUUAUCUAACCUGAAGAGGAAACGUAUGGACAACAAGUCAGGAGGACAUGGGCUUUCAAUGCACUUUAAAAAAUGAUCAGGUGCUGGAGCCAUCUGAAUUGUGUAUCUUUAGUUCUCUAAGCACCGCAUCAGACUACCUGCUUCAUGCACAUGCAUGGCACCAUGGCCAGUCCUCAGGAGCACCUGAGCUGGCCUUCCUCUACAAACUUGGUCACCAAAACUUUCAGUGAAGACAAGGACUUCAGUGGAAUACUUGGUGAUCGUGCACCCACCGGAAACCAUCCUUCACCUGAGAUCAUAGAGGAUGUGCUAGAGAAGGGCUUGCUUCAGGCAGAUCUCGUAGAAAAUGUGGGCAGUCCAGGAACCACAGCAGUGCUGACCAGUGUCAGUGAGGACUCGAGGGAUCAUUUUGAGAACAGUGUGCUGCAGCUGAGAGAACAGGAUGACGCUGAAACACCUGUGCCUCAGGGUAACAGUAACACGAUGGCUGGAGAGAAUAACGGUGGGACAGAUGACAUUAAAAUCCAAUUCAACAGAUCAGGCAGUGGGAGCAGUGGGUUUCUUGAAGGACUUUUUGGUUGUUUGAGACCUGUAUGGAACAUCAUAGGGAAAGCCUAUUCCACUGACUACAAACUGCAGCAGCAAGACACAUGGGAAGUUCCGUUUGAGGAGAUCUCAGAGCUGCAGUGGUUGGGCAGCGGAGCGCAGGGAGCUGUCUUCUUAGGCAAAUUCCGAGCAGAAGAGGUGGCAAUCAAGAAAGUGAGAGAACAAAAUGAAACGGACAUCAAGCACUUGCGGAAGCUGAAGCAUCCUAACAUCAUCGCCUUCAAGGGAGUUUGCACUCAAGCCCCGUGUUACUGUAUUAUCAUGGAAUACUGCGCACAUGGACAGCUCUAUGAGGUGCUGCGAGCAGGUCGGAAAGUCACGCCUCGGCUGCUUGUGGACUGGUCCACAGGGAUUGCGAGUGGAAUGAACUAUUUACACCUUCAUAAAAUCAUCCACCGAGACCUCAAAUCACCAAAUGUAUUAGUCACUCAUACAGAUGCAGUAAAAAUUUCAGAUUUUGGUACAUCUAAAGAACUCAGUGAUAAAAGUACAAAAAUGUCCUUCGCGGGCACCGUGGCUUGGAUGGCUCCAGAGGUGAUACGCAAUGAGCCCGUCUCUGAAAAAGUUGAUAUCUGGUCAUUUGGAGUCGUUUUGUGGGAGCUGCUUACGGGAGAGAUUCCAUACAAGGAUGUAGACUCCUCAGCUAUCAUCUGGGGAGUGGGCAGUAACAGCCUGCACCUUCCUGUCCCAUCCACCUGUCCGGAUGGGUUCAAAAUCCUGAUGAAGCAAACGUGGCAGAGCAAGCCCCGGAAUCGCCCCUCUUUCCGACAGACGCUGAUGCAUCUGGACAUCGCAUCUGCUGACGUUCUUGCCACACCUCAGGAGACUUAUUUCAAAUCCCAGGCUGAGUGGAGGGAAGAAGUAAAGAAGCACUUUGAGAAAAUUAAGAGUGAAGGAACUUGCAUCCACCGGCUAGAUGAAGAGCUGAUUCGUCGGCGAAGAGAAGAGCUCAGGCAUGCGUUGGACAUCCGUGAACAUUACGAGAGGAAGCUAGAGCGAGCCAAUAACUUAUACAUGGAGCUCAGUGCCAUCAUGCUGCAGCUGGAGGUCCGGGAGAAGGAGCUCAUCAAACGGGAACAGGCCGUGGAAAAGAAAUAUCCCGGCACUUACAAGCGGCACCCCGUCAGACCCAUCAUCCACCCCAAUGCAGUGGAGAAGCUGAUGAAGAGGAAAGGGGUCUCUCACAAGCCAGGGAGCCAGACCAAACGGCCAGAUCUGCUGAAGUCAGAGAGCAUAUCCAACGUGGAGGUGGCACCCGAUGGCUCACCAGUCUCAGGAAGUCCCAAAAUGUCAACGCUCAGUAACAAAGGCCGGUACCGCUGCAAACCACGUCACCGACGAGGGAACAGCAAAGGCAGCUAUAAUGAAUUUGCAGGGAUCUUGAAAAACCAGCCAGCACAAGACAAUUCACCCCAAUCUCCUCAUCCCAGCCUCCAGCAGCACCAGCAGCCCAGCCACCCGCAUUACCAUGGCCAUCAGCCCAGGCUAAACAUCCAGGGCCAAGACAUUGCAAACUGUGCAAACAACCUGAGGUACUUUGGCCCUGCAGCAGCCCUGCGGAGCCCCCUCAGUAACCAUGCCCAGAGGCGCAUGUCCGGCUCCAGCCCCGAUCUCAUCUCUACUGCUAUGGAAGCAGAUUGCCGGAGGAAUCUGGAGGAGGAGGAACACAAGGCUGAUCACUGGAAGUGUUGUAAAGCAGACCCAUACAGCCCUCGUCCUCCCUGCAGGCAGACGAGCAGUGGUCAGGGACAGAUGCCGUCCACUGAACCCGGGAUGAACCACCCCAAAGCGACAACGUGUGGGCCCUUGUAUGAAAAAGCCCAGCUUCCUGAAAAGAUGGUGGAGGAAGACUUCAACAGUUGCAAGUCAGGCUCAUCUCAACAGCUGGCUACCCCAAUGCUACCUGGCAAGCCCCGACCUAUUCAAAAGAGUGGUGACGACUCUUCGGAACAGGAAGAAGGAGAAGUGGACAGUGAAGUGGAGUUCCCACGGAGACAGAGGCCUCACCGCUGCAUCAGUAGCUGCCAGUCCUACUCAACCUUCAGCUCUGAGAACUUCUCCGUGUCUGACGGAGAGGAAGGGAACACCAGUGACCACUCAAACAGCCCAGAUGAGCUGGCCAACAGGUUGGAAGACCAGCUGAUGGAGAAGCUAGAGGACGUCCUGUCCCAGACUCCGGAAAUCCCCAUCGAGAUCUCCACUCAGUCUGACGGGCUUUCAGACAAAGAGUGCGCCGUGCGCAGGGUGAAGACACAGAUGUCGUUGGGCAAGCUCUGUGCAGAUGAACGCAGCUGUGAGAGCCAGGCACAGUUUGGAGAAUCGGAUUGUGACUCUUCCGAGGGGGAGUGUUCUGAUGCAACCGUCAGGACCAAUAAGCCCUGCAGUUCUGCUACUUGGUAAUGACACAUUCCCCACCAAAGCCGUCCUCAUCCUGGCAUUUGAAUUCGCCCGGACUCCUUCCAUUUCUCCCUUGCCCCCAUGCUUUGACAGGAAGAGACGCUGAUGCUCCUUCCCACCCCAGAAAUGAUCUGCAAUAACUUGAAUCUCUGGAAAAAUGUCCAAAUGAAACUAAAUCUCACUGAGCAUUUCAAUCAAGAAUGGCAGGGAUGUAUUUUAUUGAAUAAUCUAGCUACUGUAACAUGGAUAUUUAUUUUUUUUUACAUUUUAACACUUUUUAUUGUAAAGAGUGGACUAUAUAUCGAGAGACACAAUCAUUUGUUGCAAAAAAGUGAAGAAAACAAGCAAAUGAAAGACACAUCCUUGUGAGUCGGACAUAAACUGCAUGAUGGACACAUCAGGAUUCGACUGCUGCUCUUCCAGGGACCAGGCCGCAUGGCCCUAAAGGCUGGAGAAUAGACAAAGAGAAGUGAGCCAACCAGUCUUAGCAAUGAGGACGUGUAAGAAACCUUGCUAAAAGGUAACCUACGAACAAAUAGCAUUCAGUCUAACCAGCGGGGUCACUUCAUCAGAAAGUGGACAUGUUCCUGGAGAAAUUUGGUACCAAGGUGCUUACAUCCAGGGUCUUCUGAAUCAAUACAUUCCUCCAGGGAUGUGAUAAUGGGGGGUUAAUUUAUGGGGGGUUUGUUUUAUUUUUUAAUCAGCAUUUUGUUGUGAGAUCCUGCAGCUGUGUUCCAACCGCAUUCUCUCAAGACUCAGUAUGACAGCACUUUUUAACGUCACCGGUCAUCUUCACUACGGCCGACAGAACCGUGCGAAUUUCCGUCUUUCACCUGCAGAGUGCCAUUUUCCCACCGUUGACUCCCUCUCCUGACUUCCCACCUCCCGUUUGUUCCCGUCAAUUACAAAUAAUCAGAUCAGUGCUGGACACACAAGAAGCAUGAAAAGCACAUUCUGCAAAGCCUGAGAACUAGUCAGGGAGGAAACCGCAGACACCUGCUCUAAACCUUCAGACGCAACCUCCCACUCCUCACGACCUCACACAACUGGCCAGCGCCGAGGGAGAGCAAACCAGGGAACCGGUUGGCCUGGACAGCGGCAUCAACCUGCCCUUUGUUCUGUUUGUUAAUGAUUUGGUUUUGUCAGCAUGAACGGCUGCCUGCCCUUCGUGUCAGGCUUGGGGUAAAACGGAAAACUAAAUUUGGAUUUGGUUACCAAAAGGACGGGGGGCUUGAUUUUGGAUGUGGCCGUAUUUUAUGUGGGGACCCUCAGUGUGAAUCCCAGCCCUGUAAAUUCCAGCCUGGAGGAGAAACUGGCACAUUGUGGGGGUAGCUGCCAGGCUGAGGCACUGGCAUGGAGUGGCCAGCCUAGCACUCCCCACUUGGCCUUUCCAUUCAGAGACAAACCGCCCCUUUUAGCUGACACACAGAACAAAGGCUCCCCUCCCUCUCCCCUUCCCAGUCACUUUCCCUCAGGAACAAUUGUAGCUCUGCCCUGAGAGCGCCAGCUGCUCUUCCUCGCGGUCCUGGCUAGAGCGUGUGCGCUGGGCCUGUCGUACCCCGGGCGAAUGGGGAAUCGGCCCCCUUGCAGAAGCCACGCGUGAGCCUCAGAUGACUGGCAGGAAUGGACGUAGGCAGGUUCUUCUGUUGCUUUCUUUGUUUACACUUUAUGUUAAAAUGCUGAUUUGAAGGUAGCCUUGAUAAUUUAUAGCCCAGUGGCAACAAUGAAGGAAAAUGUUUUGCUUAUACAAAGAGCAGUAUUGGAUGAGUUAAAUUAUUCCCUGUUUUAGCCUUUUGUAGCUGGCCUACAUGCAGAUCUUAAGUUAUUACCUAUUUUAUUUGUUACCUUUUCUGUAGAUCAGAAGGUUGCUUUACUGCUGGCACAAUUGUUCUCUCCAUGUGAUGUUUCCUCCUUGUGCAUCAGAGUUGCUCCCUUGCUGACCCCCUCCCCCAUGCUGGUGCCAUGCAAAGCACAGUCCUUCUGGAGGCUGCAUCAGGCAGGCCUGACCUGCUAGGCGAUUGGGGAGGGGUACUCAGUUUCAUUGGCUUUGGAGCGCUUCCACACAGAUGAAACUGUGCAGUGUUUGCUCCUGAUUGGGGGAUGGACGGGGGGAGGGGAGUGUUGGGGGGCAGGGCAGAUGGAGGGAGCGGAGACAGUCGGACAGCAGCGAGUGCUUUGCCCUGAGACAUAAGCAGAUGUCCCCUCUCUGAAAGUUCGGAGCAAGCCUCCCUGGGGAGGCAUUCAGGGCUGUUAGGAUAGAGCAGGGCACCGGUGCUCGUGGUGGUCCCAACUCGCGCAUGAAGCAGCUAGGUAACAGGAGGGAGGACCAGCAUCACCCCCUCGCAAUUGAAGUUAGGGGCUUUCUGUUCUGUACGCCAAGGCCUUGGCCUCAGCCCCAGCUCAGCUACUCCUCGCGCUCAUGCAGGGGCAAUACAACAUCCUCCCCUUGGGGGUGGCGCCCUCCGCCCCCGCAUUGCUCGGUGGCCCCAGAGUGUGCGCAGCGGCUCAGCCCCCGUUAUCUGUAGUCCCCCCUCGGGGCUCUGACAGCUGCUUGGGCGCUGGCGGCGUGUGGACAGCAGCCCGGCGGUACGAGGUGCUGGCUCAGGGCUGGACAGUGCUGUGCCCGGCUGCAUCCCAGAAGUUCGACAUGGUCUGGUUGGCCUUGGCCUCAGCUCCUGGUCAGCCCCGGCUCUGUCCUAGCGAAGCGCAUUCCAUGCACAGGGCCCCUGGCCUGCACGCCACACGCCGUCUGCCCCGGCAGAUGGUAAACUGGGGCGAAGCUGCCAGAGCCAGCGGCACCCCGAGUGUUACUGGGCCAAGGAUCAGAGCAGGCAGCGGCAGUUUUAAGGCCCAAGGUCUUGCCAUCACAGAACAGCAAUGAGUCGGGGAAGUAUCCAGCCUAGUCUUCAGUCCUGGUCAGACUUCGGCCCUGCCCAGCCAGGAACACCGGUCACUUCUGGGUCCUCCUUCCUCAGGGUGCUGCACGCUCGGAUUCCCUGCCCUCGGCCAGGCUGCCGGAGCCAUUUGAAAAGCCUCCGUGGCGUGACGCAGUUUGCUCUGGAAACUAGGCUGCUGCGGGGCGUUCAGGGGUUUCUCGGGGCAAAGCCCAUCGCCCCUCUCGCCCUAGGGGCCGGCCUCCUGCAUCCCUGCAUGGCUGAGGCCUGGGCUGAACCCCCCACUGGGAGCUUUUGUCAGUCGUGAGCAGAGGGUGAAACCAACCCCCGUCCCAGGGCGGCAUGCGCUGGCGCUCCUGGGGCGGGCUAGGUACCGGAUUCUGAACGGGGAGGUCUCUGAGGACCAGUGUAGUAGGGAUCAUGUGACCCGUGCCAGCAUUGUGCCGUGGAUGGGCCGAGGAGGGAAACAGGCCCCGUUGUGUGUUUCCAGGCACUAGCUCUGUGGCCAUUGGGUACCAGAGUCUGGACUUCGUUCGCUGGGGAGGCUGCCGCUCCGUGGAAGGAGAGAGCUAGAGGCCAAGGGCUGCUCUCAGCCAUGCUCCUGCAAGCCCAGCGUGACCUCACCGGAGCACGCUGGCUCCUGGGGAUGCCCACGGGUGGGGCUGAGCCUGGAAUUGGCAGAGCACAGCCCUGGGGGUGGGGAGCGCUUUAUUUUCUCCUUCCCAGGAGAAGGGUGAGUGGGGGCUCCCUGCCCACUCCCCACCAGCCUGGCCUCUGGCAGCUCUGGGUGAUGUUGUUUUCCCUGCUGUGGCCAUUUCAUCUCCCGGUGUCUCCUCUCCUCUCCGUGCUGUGGCUUCCUGAUACAAACUUGAUUUCUGUACUGACCCGUGUACAGUGAUGGGCAUACGAAUGAGUGUCAAAGCAAACAAAUGCAUGGAAUAAAAAGCCAGUGUACUUCA